AUGCCGUCCACACGACCUUGUGCGGCAUUUGAGCCCAUCUCACCAGACUUCGAUCUGAAAGCCCUGGUCGAGUCUCAGCCGAAUUUCGAGUGGGUUGUUCGCAUCCACUGCGACAUGAUAGAUCACCAGGGCCUGGAAAACUUCGAGAAACUGGUCCUCAUUCAUGUCAUUCUCGGUGGAAAACCUCUUGUCAUCGAGGGUUAUGAACAACGACUUGACAGAUGGACUUUCGCGCUGCAGUGGCUCCGUGACAACUGUGGAUCAAAAGUUGAAAACGCAAGAGAUCUCACCAAGAAGGCCAAUGUCCCGCUAUCGAUUGGCCACUACUUGAAUAAUAUGGCAUUAUUGACAAACCAGUGGACACCACGGAACUACAAGGACCCCGCGCGUCAGCGGAUGUAUCUCAAAGAUAUCGACUGCCCGCAGCUGUGGCAAGAUAAACUAUCGGAAAUCAUUCCUGCGGGUCUCUUCUACCUCAAUGAGUCCACAGGUGAUGUGGGUGGGUUUGGAGCAAUGGACCAAAACGACCCUAUUCGGCCAGGUGUGAGAAAAGGGAAGGGAAUCGCCAGAGCUGGAGAUUUGAUGAGCAGUCUUCCAAAAGAAAUGCGCGCGGAAAACCUCAUGUGCUAUAUCGGUCACGAAGGCACCUAUACCCCGGCCCACCGUGAGAUGUGCGCAAGUCUUGGUCAGAACAUCAUGGUCGAAGCUUCCACAGGCCUAGCUGAAGACGGAAAAAUCACCAAGCCAGGUUCUUCUAUUUGGUUCAUGACCGAAACCAAAGAACGGGAGGUGGUCGCCGAGUACUGGCUUUCUCGCCUUGGUCAUGACAUUGAGAUCGAAAAUCAUUUCGCCCAAGUCAACGCGUGGAAGAAUGCACCGUUCAAGACAUACGUUGUCGAACAGAAGCCCGGUGAUUUUAUCCUUAUUCCUCCAUUGGCUCCGCAUCAGGUGUGGAACCGUGGAACCAGAACGAUGAAAGUCGCUUGGAACAGAACAACCGUCGAAACUCUCGAGAUGGCAAUGCAUGAAGCUCUACCACGAGCGAGGAUGGUAUGCCGCGAUGAACAGUACAAGAACAAGGCAAUCGUUUAUUACACCAUGCAAAAAUACUCGAAACUCCUUCGGCUGGCAGAGAAGUUCAGACAGAAGUCAAUAGGCCCCAAACAUAGAAACCCAGGCGACUCGAAGGUCAGGCAGCUAGAAAAGGACUUCCGCAGACUGCAGGUUCUGUUCACUGAAAUAUUGGUGUCGGAAAGCUUCCUUCCGGCCCGUCCCGAGAAAAAGGUUGAGUAUAUCCCGUACGAGAGCAACAUUACUUGUUCAUAUUGCCGCUGCAAUAUUUUCAACCGGUUUCUCACCUGUCCCAAUUGCGUGGAGCAGUUGGCAAACGGCGAAGAAGACACAUAUGACAUCUGCAUGGAGUGUUAUGCAAUGGGCCGAAGCUGUGCAUGCAUUUCAAAAUUGAGGUGGGUCGAGCAGUGGCCUUGGGGAGAGCUGACCCAGAAACACGAACAAUGGCGCCUGCAGAUUCUGCAAUAUGAGGGCAGGGUGACUGAAAAAUCACCCAUGCCACUGAAAAUUGAACUGGACAGACUCGGCAGCAAGAGAACUCUGGCGCAGAUCUGCCAGUGUGAAUUAGACAGGAGGCCAUAUCGAGACAGGAAGCGUCCGCCAUCGCCUGUGACAGGUGACGAUCGCGAAGAAGUGGAGGAGGUGGACGCCAACGGGAUCGUCAAGAAAAAGAAAAAGAUCAAGCGAACCGAAAAGUUUCUGAAGGCACACGCUCGUUGUCAUGUUGAUUUCCACUGGGAGCCUAAAUGGAAACAAGCAACGUGCACGAAAUGCAGCAAGAAUUAUUGUUACGGCACUCUUUUCCGAAGAUUCGACAUGAAGCCACAGGACAUUCUCGCCGAUCCGAACUGGCUGUGUCCGAGCUGUCUAAAUAUCUGUGGCUGCCGUCAAUGUAAGACGAGGCCGGGGUACAAGCCCUACACCCCGUCGGGAACUAUCCUUGGUCACAACACCAAGGCAAUAGCCGACCCGCGCUCGGUGGAAAGUCUGGUAGACUUCAGCUACUCGAACAUCGCGUGGAUCCAAAAAGCAGACGAUGAUCACGGGGAUCACUCACGUCGCCUCGAAAAGCGUCGUCAAGAGGCAGAAGUAGCCAAGGCAAUCAGGCCUGAGCUCGGUGAGCAUUAUGUCGACGGUGAUCAACAGAUGGAUGACGAAGUCGAGGAGGGUCUCCUUCGGUUGGCGCAACAAGAGGGGAUACCGAUCGAUCCGGCGUUGGGAGCUCUAGGUCCACCUGAGUCCCCUGCAGAUGACGAGGACGACUACGACGAAAACCCCGAAGGAGUGAAGGUCGCAGGAGAGUCAAUCCCCAUUGACGACGUUGCAACUCAAUAUGCACUUCCCGAAGGUGGCGUCAUCAGGAAUGUUGAGCACGCUUACGAUCCCACCGAGGCUAUCACUUAUGACUAUCCCGAUCCAGAGGGCGGUCUUCAUAUUCCUGUCCGUGUCGAGGAAGAGCAAGCGGUCGUAUCUUCAGGAUAUGCGACUGCUGGCGGAGAGGACCGGGCAGAGAUUGAAAUGGUCGAGCGAAAACGGAAGCGCGUGAGGAUUGAUGAUGGUGACCGUCCUUAUUAUCCCAAGAAACCCAACACUGAGAAAAACAAGGCCCGAAAGUCUCUGAUUGUGAAGUUGCCGCUUCCAGCAGAGAGACUUCAAGAGAUUGAAAGAAUGGCAAAUGUUGCACGGCGGGCCUUGGGCGGAGUGGAAGCACCUGCACCAGUCAUCAGCUCGGACCUGCAAGCUCUUAACGCGGCCGAAGGAAAUCCUCAGACCGGGCCAAAGAAGAUUCGGCGAGGUGAUGAACAUGUUGCUGUCGAACAAGAUGAUGAAUUUAUGCCCGGUCGAUAUCGCGACCGCCGGAAACACACCACAGAUGGAGCGCAUCGACCGCCGCCUGACGCAGAGAUUACUAGGCGGCAAACCCGGAUGCAAAAAUCCCACUAUGAAGAGCCAUCAGAGGAUGAGUUCAACGAGGUUGUCUCUGAGCCUGCUUCUGAGCGCCGCAAAUCCACGAACACACCGACGAUGAACGUGGUGAGGUUGGACGAUGCCGAGUCAGACUUUGAUUCUUCCAUGUCCUUGGACAAUGAAUCUCCAGAGAAUCCGAGCUCUGCCUCGAGCCCGCCGGCUGAAGUUGCAGCGAGCGGUCCCAAGCCAGCACCACUAACGGCCACGAAAGCGCCCAAACUGACUGUGGUGCAAAGUGUCUAUAGAACCGCAACGACAAACUCCCCAGACGAGCGAAGUGAGAGAUCGGACUUUGUAUACUCACCAGCACCGCCUCCAACGAAAACGACUGUUACUAAAUCAACGUUAGCUACUUCGAACCUAGAUCACGCAAGAGCUGCAGCUGAAGCGCAGGCGAAUCGACGGGCAAAAAUGGCCGCCAUCGAGUGGAUGGAGAACGAGAGCGAAGACCUAGACGAUGUUUGGUCUCGAGGGUCGUUCUUAGAGGACGAUUCCUUGGGCAGUAAGGCCACUCCUCCAGCUCAGGUAGAAGCGGUCACUGGCAGAGAUGAAGAGAUAGAAGAGGAAGAAGCUGUUCCACCUCCUUUACCACCUUCACCUCCCAAGCCCGUCACGAAUAACAAAAAACAGGCGGGAAGACCUCCGGCUGCCCCGGCUGCACCGAAACGCGUAAUUGCACCGACUGUGAAAGCGUUGGCUUCGGAGUGGGCGGAUAGUGAUGAUUCGGACGAUGGCGCACCACUUCGUGGACCAGGCGGCCCAGGCGGUGCUUGGACUUCCGUUAAUCACGGUCCUGCACGCGCCAGUCAAGUGGUGGCUCCGAAGAGGAGAGGGAGGCCACCAAAACGUCGUUAG